AUGGAAGAGGGACGAGAGGCGGUGCGGGCACUCGCGCGGCCUAUUGCAAGUGUGCAGCAGCUCGAUGCGCUUCUCGGGCGCAUCGCCAGGCUCGGUGAAGACUGCGGCGACGACGAUGACAACAGCGAGGCGAGACGCGCCUGGCUCGUCGAGGCCCAGCAGACGCUCGUCACCACCGUCGCCGUCGACUGGGCCGAUGCGCUGCCGGCCGGGUCCGCACGGCGCGAGCAGCUGCUCCUGACGUCGUGCUUCCUCGACGGCAGCGGGGCCAAGGCGUGUGCGACCAUGGCCAGCGUCUCGCGGCUGCUCAUGCCGGCGGCGACGAAGGCACGGCUGCAUCCGCAGAGCAGGGCGCUCCUCGAGGCCAUCAUCACGCGCCUCGUCGCUGCAGAGGUCGAAGCCUGGUCGAUCAGCGCCGUCGUCGACUACGUAAAGCGAAUUAGUCACAGCAAGGGCAAGGGACAGCAGGGCGCAGCGCGGGCAGAGCUCGUCUGGAAGGAGUUUGCCGGCCAGGCCUGCGCACUCGCCGAGCGCUGGAGCAACGUUGCCCAGGGCGGGCCCGAGCAGGACAUCCUGUCGCGAAGGGCGUGGACGGCGACGCUGGCCCGGCAGCUCGACGCGGCAGUCGUGCGAGGUGCGCAGGGCAGUCGUGGUGUAGCUCGCUUGGCCGUGCUGCUGACCAAGAUGGUCCGCGUGGGCUAUGUCGACGAGGAUGGCUUCCGGGGCACCCUUCUGGCGCGCAUGGCCGAUAACGAACGUGUGGGCACGCCGGGCGAGGCAGCAUCCAUGGCUGCCUGGGCUGCGCUCCUGUCGCGUCUGGCUGACGACGACACAGCGACACUGCUCGAGCAGCUCGUCGCCAAGCUCGACAGCUUGUACUCUGCCGCCCUCGUUUCAAGCAAAAACGAGCAGGUGCGCGCGGGCCUCGAGGGCGCCCGCUUCCUGUCGUCCGAGGCGGCCGCAUACACGCGCCUCGCCAGCCGCAUCCUCGGCCACCUGCUUGUCGGCCGAGAUGGCGACGGCGAUGGCGACGAUGACGACCAAGAUUUCGACUCCGACUCCGAUGAAGCUGGGGUUGAAGAGGCUCGCCAGAAGAGAUGGACCGAGCUGGCACUCGCGCGGCAGCACAUGCGCUCACCCCUCUGCGCCUGCGCGCUCGUCCAGUCGCUCCAGGCCCACGCCGGUGCUCAGCCCGCGACGGUGCAGGCCGUCGUGGAUGCCUGGUCGGCCGAGCGGCGCAUCAAGGCCGCGCCCUGGGACGGCGAGGCGUACCUCUCGACGCUCGUCAUCGCUCUGCUGGCCUCGUCCUCCUCCUCGUCCUCCUCGCCGUCCUCCCCUGCCAUCGCCCAGCUGUCGACAAACGCACGCUUUAUCCGCGGCGUCUCGGCGCACCUCGAGCACCCCGCACCGCGGGUCAGGCGCAUGGGCAUGCUCGUCGCCGAGCUCGUCAGCGCGCAAGGCCCCAGCAGCGGCCGCAAGCCCCUCUCCUUUGGCUCGUCCAUGUGGGACGGCAGGGGCGAGGGCAGGGAGGAGGCCAGGGUGCUCCGCGCCCUCUACCACUCCUGGCCCCACCGAUCAGCACGCACGGAGGGCGACGACGGCACGAUAAAAGAGCUGGCCCUUUCUCUCUUCAAGCCCGCCGUCGCGCAUACAUCGGCUGAAGACACAGCCGUCGUCGUCCCUUUGCCCAAGAAGCAAAGACGGCCCAAGACGCGCCAGCUGCCCGCUCGUGUCGCUCCUCGGCGGCGGGGCAGCCUGGAGCAGCAGGACGACGGGGGAGACGAGCAGCUGCUGCUGCCCUCGCUGUCCAAUGUCGCUGGCCGGCAGCGAAAGGUGUUCAUCGAGACACUCGACAAGUCCUCUGACGAAGAGGGCGCCUCCUCUUCCUCUUCCUCUGCUUCAUCAUCUUCGUCACUCUCUGCCGGCUCAUUGGCCGGCGCAGGUGAGCGAGAGAAGGAGGUGCAGGAUUCCGAGGGCUUCGGCAUGGGCGUGCCGGAAAAGAAGCGGCGAAAGAGGCCCGUCUACAUCCACGAGCUGGCGCCCCUGCUGCGCGAAAAGGACCGCGAGGCCAACAAGAUUGCGCUGCGCUACGCCGAUGUCCUUGUCCGCCGCAAGGCCGGCUGGGGGGCCGAGGUCGACGAGCAGGCCAUCGAUCUGGCAUAUGCGCUCAUGGCGCUCCAGGACAACUUCAGCCUCAAGGCCUUUGACGAGCGGCGGACCCGGGCGCUCGUCUCGCUCCUCGUCGCCUCGCCGCGCAACGUGGCGCCCUGCCUCGUCGAGCAGUACUUCAACAGCCAGUACUCGAUUGCGCAGCGCAUCGCCAUGCUCAAUGCGCUCGCCUUUGCCUCGCGCGAGCUCGCGGGGCUCGACGCACGCGACAGCCAAGCGCGGGACAGCGACGCACGCAUGCUCGCCGAGGGCCUCGCCCAGACGGCCAUUGCCCAGGCGAGGGAGCGCGGACACGAGGCGGUGCGGGGCCCGGCGUCGCACGUCGAGGCUCAGCUCUCACUCCAGCCAAAGACGGCCGGCCCUGCCUCUGCCUCGCUCAUCCAGCCAUUUCAAGCCUCUCAGGCAUCAUCACAGAACGGCCAGGCCGCCAGCUACACGAGCGUGGGCCCGUCGCUCUUCAUCUUUCCGCUCCUCACGCGCUUCCAGCUGCACCUCAGCGAUGCCCUCGCGCGCGCCUCGCGCCAGACGGCCCGCCACCACGCCCGGCCCUCGUCGCUGGACAGCAACCUCUACUCGCAUAUGCUCGUCUGCCCCUUUCUCGACACUCUCGCCGUGCUCGUCGACCCGUCGGCGCUGAGCUACGUGGCCCAGCCCGACGCGCCGUGCGCCGUGCUCGAAUUCUGCCUCUUUGUCGACCGCUGGCUCCGCCGCUCGUCGCCGUCGUCGUCGUCCUCCUUUUCUCCCUCCUCAUCAGAAACGAUAGAGGCGCAGGACCGCUCGAUGCGCGCGUCCAAUGCGUCGCUCUGCCUCGUCGCCAUCCAGGGCCUGUCUGACAGCCCGAGCGAGGCAGCCCGGCAGCAGCUCCUGCACACGCACUCCCGCCUCUUGGCCGACGUGGGCCACUAUGCGUCUGCGUCGUUUGAGGCCGCCGAGCAGGCAGGCGACGCGCGCGAGGCGAGGUGCUGCGCCGCCAUCCUGCUCCGCCUCCACGAGCUGCGCAGUGCAUCGUGA